AUGAAAUUUUAAGAAAAAUCGCUAAUACUUGAUAAAUCAAUAACAAAUAAUAAUUUUUGGAAAUAGACAACUUUAAUUCAAAUUAAGAAAGUAAUUAAUUAUUCAUAUUAGGAGCUUUUAAACAGAAACAAAUUAAAAAUGAACCAUUUAAUAAAUAGUUUAAAAUAUAACAAUCAAAUUAAAAUAACAAGAAACAGAUUAAUUCUUUAAAGAAUUAAACAGUUCUAUUUUAACAUAAGAUUCAAGUAUUGCUUAAUAUCAAGCUCCUAUUGAAAAUAGUAGCUCAACUUAAGAUAUAUUAAGAAAAAUUGUAGCUAUAAAAUAAAAAAGGCUAGGGCAGUGAAAUAAUUCAUUUUCAAUUAAUUUUGUUCUAAUGA